GACACCAAGCAAGAGGCGCUCCGCCCUCCUGGACGCGGUCGCUAUGGUAACCAGUCUCUGCUUCCAAGGAGUUUACCAGCCCAGUAAUCAUCAGUGAACAUUCAUUGAGGUGGAGCAAGGCAAUCCACUAACCUGGAGAGACAAAGAGGACCACUCUGGCUUAUCUGUGAACUUUCCUAUUACCUUGAAAUUUGAAACCUUGUGAUGAUCUCUUCCAACCAAGUGCUGAAAAUGGCAAAAAGAGACACAGAUGAUCAUGGAGCAUCCGUUUCUCAGUCUUCUUUAUCCCCCUUGACUAAAGCCAUGAAGGCAUCACAGCAGAGCAGCACCAAAGGCACCUUCAGUGGUGAUACCGUUCACCCAAUUUACAAAUGUAUUUCAAAAGAUUUACCAAGAGAGUUUAUGUCAUCCCAGGCAAAAGCAGUUAUUAAAACAACUGAAGAUUAUUUGCAGCCUCAGUUUGGCCCCAACAGGCUUUUGCAUUCAGCGACAGUAUCAGAAGGGUCAGGACUUCAAGAUUGCUCCCCACAUCAAACAGUAUCAGAUCAUAGCCAUGAUGAAAUAUCAGACCCAUAUAGCUACAAAUCAAACAGUAAAAACAAUUCUUGUUUUAUAUCAGUAUCCAAGAGAAACAGACCUGUCAGUGAUCCAAUGGGUCAACUGAGAGAUGCAGAGUUCUCUUCUUUAAAAUUUCAGCCGGCCCAGAAUUGGCAGAGAUCAUGUCAAAGACACAAACUUCAUCCCAGAGUGAUUACAGUAACAGCUUACAAAAAUGGAUGUAGAACAGUCUUUGCCAAAGUUACAGUACCAACCAUCACCUUGUUGCUGGAGGAGUGCACAGAAAAGCUGAAUCUGAACAUGGCCGCACGACGAGUGUUCUUGGCAGAUGGCACUGAAGCCCUCAAACCUGAAGAUAUACCCCAUGAAGCCGACGUUUAUGUUUCAACAGGAGAGCCCUUUUUAGAUCCAUUCAAAAAAAUUAAAGACCAUCUGUUGUUAAUGAAGAAAGUAACUUGGACAAUGAAUGGCCUGAUGUUUCCUACUGAUGUCAAAAGACAGAAAACCAAGCCUGUUCUUUCUGUUAGAAUGAAGAAACUCAUUGAGAAGACCUCAAUCCGAAUUCUGUUCUUUAAGAAUGGCCUGGGGCAAGAUGGGCAUGAGAUCACAGUGGGAAAGGAAACAGUGAAAAAGGUUUUAGAUACUUGCACAAUGAGAAUGAACCUAAAUUCACCAGCCAGAUAUCUUUAUGAUUUGUAUGGCAGAACAAUUAAAGAUAUUUCAAAAGUACCUCUGCUUGAAAAAUGCCUGCAAAAUUCCAUCACACCUUUGCGGGGACCAGUUUGGGUCUCUAAGGGAGAAGGUUUCAGCCCCUCAGGAGCUAAGAUGUACAUCCAAGGAGUUCUUUUGGCCUUGUACCAACGACUAAAGUCUGCAAAAAAAUAUUAUAAACAGUUGAACCUGGCUAUAGAUGAACAGAAAGAGAAAAUUACCAAAAAAGUAAUUCUUUCAAUAACAGCGAAGGAACACCAUAAGGCACAAGAAGAAGUGAGCAGGCUGAUUGAUGAAUUGCAGACAGCUAUCAAAAGCAACAGAGGUCAUCUCUCAAAACUUGGCCCCCAAUUACAGGCUGAGCAGGAGCAAUUCUCCUCUUAUGUCUACCAACACAUUAAAAGCCUUCCAGCAAACACUCUUAUCCCGGGAGGCCUGCAGCUCAAGAUAUUUGAAAAUGGUAAAGACACUGGAGAGAUCUCUGUUUGUAUCAGCAAAAAAGACUUGGAGUCCAAUAGCCCAACACAAACUGGUGAUAUGUUGGAAAAAUUACUUCUCAAGAUCCAUCAGAGGCUUCAAGGAUCUCCCACCAACCCACUAGGACUCAAUUUUUCUUCAAUCCGGCUUUUUGAUGAGCAUGGUCAAGAAAUUAAGAAUCCACUUUUGCUGAAGAAUGAACAAAAAAUUUGGGUCUCUUACGGUAAAGCAUACAGAUCUCCACUAAACCCUGUUUUGAGUCUGACCUUUGACCAGGUGACUGCAUUUGACAGAGAUGGCAUUACAGUUGCAUAUAAAACCUUCUUGGAUCCUAAUGCUGUUCUGCUACCUGGAUGUGACAAUUGGGAAGUUUGUGAGGGAUUCCCAGUUAAUUUCAAUGGUACCAGUCAACAGAUACCUGAUCAAUUUGAAAAGGUGGACUUGGAGAACCAUUUCCUACAGAACAAGGCGGAUCCCAAUAUCGUCCUUCAUGCCUCUGUUUCCAUCAGAAAGCAGAGCUCCUCAAGCAGGGAAGUAAGCAGUGGAAGUCAGAUGGCUCCAUCAACCCUGUGGCCUGCAGCUAGUGUUUGGCUAAUCACGAAGACUGGAAUGAUCCUGAGCCGGGCGAUAACACAGGGCUGCCUGGCUAUUGGUCACCCAAUCAGAGUCAAGCCUGCUGAGGGAACAUCACUAGAAGGGUACAAAUUAAUCCUACAGAAAAGACAUAAAGGAGAUAAUUCUCAGAAGUGGGUGUUUGGAACUGACAGCUGCAUUUAUUCUAAGGCUUAUCCUCAGUUUGUUCUGACCUACCUGGAGGAACUAAAUGCACAAGUGGAUGUGACCCAGACAGAGUAUCACAUUCACCAUGGUGCCCAGACUAAAGCUCAUCAUGGUAGCAGCUUAGCAGAAGAGGUUCUGGAAAAAAGUGCCAGCAUCCCUGGUCUGAAGCAACUGCCAGAGCCUUCAGACACCCAUUUAAUGCCAGAAGGUUCUCUUGGGGAGACAAGGCAGCUGACGGUGGCACUGGUGAGGAAACUGGAAGAGAAACAUCCUAAGGCUUCUUCUCAGAGGUGGGCCAUAAAACACGAAGGGACUAAUAAACCGGGCCAGUGGAAACAUUCCAGAGUUGAAAAUCCUCUCUGGAACAAGCUUACCUACAUGUGGCCAGUUCUUCCCAGUGGCGAACUUAAUAAGGAGUUUGAUUGGCCAAUAGAAGGAUUGCUGAUUCCAAACAGUCCUCCCAUGAAGAAAUCCAUCUGUAAGACCCCAGGGCCACCUGUCCCUGUGAGGCUGAGAGUUUUGCGGAAUGGAGACAAGAAUAAAAACAGAGCCAUUGUUCUAACCAGUCCAGAUGUCUCACCUGGACGGAAAAUUCUAAAUGUUGACACUGAAAGGAAAAAGAAUGUGAAAAACUACAAUACUAAAUAUCCUGUAACAGAAACAAUCCAGACUGAAUUUCACCAACUUUUGGAGAGGUGCACUGAAAUUUUAAAUUUACCCUCUGCAGCUCGGAGAUUGUUCAAUGAAAAGGGAAAGGAAAUCUUUGCCCUAAAAGACCUCCGAAGGGACGAAUUGGUAUAUGUUUCAUGUGGAGAACAUUGGAUCAAUCCUGAUGUGUCCGUUGCUCAGCAAAAGAAGCAAAUCUUCCUGAGGAACUUAGCAUCAGAUAUUUCUAAAAUUCAAACUUUCUGCAGCAUACAUAAGAUAGAGGCUCUUGUUUUAGAAGUGCAAAGUGACAUUGUGUCUGGAGCCAAGCUUGCUGUGCAUAAACCUGUAGCAAUUUUUGGAGAAGAAAAGCAAAUUAUGGGACCAAAGGAAAAGCCAAUGGAAAAAAAUGCUUUAACAAUGGAAAAUGCUUCCAGUGAAAUUCUAGAUUCACAUGCAAGAGCCCAUCUUCGAAUGAAAGCUUGUCACACACUUCCCAGAUAUGCCUGGCAGGAAACUCCUCAUGACUUUGAUGAGGAUGACAGUCUUACAAAGAAAAUGGAAGAAGAACUCUUUGAAAAUGUGGAACCACAGAAGAAAUACAGCUAUUCUCCAAAGCAGAGUAAAUUGCAGAAGCUUUGCCACCAGCAGUUUGAAUACAGAGAUGAGCAAAUUAUAUGCCAUGCUGCUCCUCAGUUAGUUUUGGGAGUAAGAGGUCCUGAUCUGCGUUCAGACACGGAGGUAGUUUUGGUGGAGAAAAAAGUGGGUGACAGUCAUCAACGAUGGAUGCACAAGGAAGGCAGCAGGACCUUUCACCUGGUGAGUAACCCGGACCUUGUGCUGGCAGUGUCUAUGACCAAAGCAAGAAAUGAAGUCUGUGGCUAUCCAGUUAUUGUUCAGCAAUAUAAACCUUAUAACAAUGGGACUUCCAAUCAAAAGUGGAAUUACAUGGAAAAUAUCAAAGCUUUCAUGGCCUUUCAUAGCACUGCACUUGAUAAGGAAAUCACAGCAGCAAAUUAUGCUGGUAUUUGUACAUCCUCUGUGAUUAAAGAGGAAAACAUUGAUCAACCAGGAUACUAUUAUCUCUCACCCACUGGAAAGAGGAAAAUUGUGCUCUGCUUAGCGUGUGGACGAUCCAUGAGAGCAGAGAAGGGGCUGAAGCAGUCGCUUCCAGGGCUGCCAUUCCUCUGUGCCUCUGGCUCCAAGACCCAGAAGCCCUUCUCACGAGGGCCUUUCAAGGUCAUCAGUGUGGCAAAGGCUGAUUUAUCUUCUUAUGAGGCUGAGAAAACGCUAAGUUAUUAUGAAGAACGUCUAUUAUCUUUACGGAUGAAGACCUGCACACAAGUUGUAUCUCAUGGUGGUCUAACAGCUAUGCACCAGAAGGCAGUGAAAAUAAUUGCAUACAAAAAUGGAGAUGGAUUUCGAAAUGGAAAGUUAAUUGUUGCUGAAACAUUCCCCACACUUCUUACAGAAUGUACGGAGCAACUUGGUCUUGCCAGAGCAGCAUCCAAAGUUUAUACCAAAGAUGGAACCACAGUCCUUUCCUUACGUGACUUGGUUUUAUGGGCUCUGGAUGAAUCUUUCAUCCAGAGAAACGCUGAGGAACCAAAGAAAGAGGCAGCCUCUGUUGGGACAAAAGAAGCAACUAUUAAAAGUAAGAAAGAAAACCCAAGAACAAAAGAGAAAACCACAUUAUUUCCAAAGUCUGUGACAUCUGAUAGUUUGGAUGGUGUAGAUAAGUCUUUGCUCACCCUCAUCCUCAGAAAUCCCAUUGCCAUCUGGGUAUCUUGUGGUGAACCAUUUCUAUCUCCAUAUGCUUUGCAGAAAGUAGAAAAAUUAGAAAAACAGAACUGGCUAAGAAAGGACAAAAUUUUGGCUGAUCUAGACACCAUGAAACACAAAAUGAGGCAGUUAAAAGGGCGGCGAGUAGCAGCAUGUCAGCCAGCCGCCAUGGUUCCCAACAAAAACCCUGUGCAGCCGGUGGUGAUGGAAGGAGGAUGGACCGAGAAGACUCAAGAGGAAAUUAAACUCAUGGAGCUCAUAAGACAUACAGAGGAGCACCUUUCUGCAGUUCAAGAACUGCAAUCCAAAAGAAAUUCUACAGUUGAAACUAAACGUAUAGCACUCAUUCAGAGCAGGCUGUACAAGCAGCCCAAUGCAAAACGAGUCUGGAUUUAUCCAAAUGGAGGCAGACCUGAAGAUGGUACUUAUGCCUGGGGCAAAACUAUUUCAGAGCUGCUGGAUGACUGUUCCUCUCGUCUCAAAAUGGUCCACCCAGCCAGAACACUGCACACCCCGGAUGGAGAACCAAUUUACUCGUGGGAUGACAUAGAGAGAGACAUGGUCAUCUGCGUAUCCACAGGACGUGGCUUUAUAACCCAAAAGAAAUUAAAGCAACUGAUGGAGAUCAGAGCAAAUUAUGCCAGAAUCCGAAGGCAGCAGGGCCCUCAAGCCACAAACAUUGUGGUGUCACGAUCUGAAAAGCUGCAAUUUCCGGAAAGAAAACUUCCUUCACCUACCUGUAAUCAGAAGACUGACAGAAAGACCAAUUACUCAGAUUGCUGAAGACUCAAAUUUAGGAAAAUCCCCUUUUAUAAAAGAAAUCUGUGUGGUUCAUUUAAAAAUUUAGUCCUAAAAUUUAUCUUUUAAAAUAACUUGGUUUCUCAUAGACUGAUUUUGAAAAAUUACCAACACUGAUAAAUCAGCUACAAGCUAUCUAUAAAUUAAUAAGAAGACAUGUAAUCAAAGGCAGCAUUAGCCAUAGAGACUUCAUAUUCCAGUGAAAUCUUGCAUAUAUUGUCUAGUUUUUCCAGUCUGUAGAGUGGCCUGUUGGAAAAAGUUGCAUAUAUAUUGAACACAUAUUUUGUCUCCCCAACUGGAUGGCAAGUGCCUGGAGGGCAGGGACCCUUGUUUUUAUUGACUUGGGACAGGGCUGUACCCAUAAGGGCUCAGUGAUAAUGCCCAGCAGUCCCACUGCCAGAGCAACAUAAUGGGCAGUUGAGAUUCAGCUCUCUUCCACUCUUGUGCUAGACCACAAACUGAAAUUACAACAGAACAGUGGGAACAGAGGAUCUGCUUUAUAGAUUUUCAUUUCAGUCAGCUGUUCAGGAGCUACAUGCUCAGAGUCAAAUUAAAUCGAGUUAUAGUUGAAUAGUCCUUUCUGCUCUUCAGAGACAAGAAACGCUUCUCAAAAUUGUGCAAAUGAAAUAAAUGUGAUUGUGUAAACUAGGCAUCUUAUAUUCUUAAAACAUUAUCUUUAAUGAUUAUACAUUUUGGUUUAAGAUGCCAAGUUUGAAAAAAAAUCUAAAAAUGAAGUUAAAUUACUUCUAUAUGAAUUGACAAUGUUUAAAACCUCAACAGACUUUGUAAAGGAAUUCUCAAACUGUUUUGAUUCAUAUGCUACCUUAGAGAAUCUUGAAAAACCAUAAACUUACAAAGUGCACAUACAAAAAAAAAAAGCUUUUUUUUUUUUUUCAUAUAAUUUCACAGAGUUCACAGACCAACCUGAAGAACAUCUGUAAAGAACUUCUGAUAUAAGGGAAGAUAUUUCUUUUUAAAAAAAAUUUUUAAUGUUUAUUUUUGAGAGAGAGAGAGAUAGAGCGUGAGUGGGGAGGGACAGGGAGAGGGAGACAGAAUCCAAAGCAAGGAGGUGUCAGCAUAGAGCUGGAUGCAGGGCUUGAACUCACAAACCAUGAGAUCAUGACCUGAGCCGAAGUCGGAUGCUUAACUGACUGAGCCACCCAGGUGCCCCAGGGAAGAUAUUUCUGAUUUCCAUAAUUUAUAAUGUUUAGGGGACCUAGGAUCUAUACCUCUCAACGGAAGAUUUCAAAACAUAUGUCAGAUGAAACAGAUUCUAAGCUUCAAUGUGGUAAUGUUCUCUUGUUAUAUUCAAAAACAAUAAACCACGAAGAUUUUU